CUCGUCCGUCACUGGCGGGCGCAGCGUCUGCGCGCGUGUUUCAUCGCUUCGCAGCUGUGCGCGCAUGUUUUGUAGGCGCCAUGGAGUCGGGGCUGAUCCCGCGUUUGGCGCGGCGCUUGGGCAUCCCCGAGCCCGAAGUACUGAGGAAAGCGGAGGAGUACCUGCGGCUGUCGCGGGUGAGAUGCGCCGCGCUGGCGGCGCGCACCACGGAGACCGGCCGGGCGGCCGUGUGCCUGGACCUGGCGGCGGCCUGCGCGCGCUGCCCCCUGGACAGGGCUUAUUUAACUACACUUUCUGGUUUGAACAAGAAGACGUAUCAGAGCUGCCUGAAAUCUUUUGAGUGUUUGCUGGGCCUGAAUUCCAGUGUUGGAAUAAGGGACCUCGCGGUGCAGUUCAGCUGCACAGAGGCGGUGAGCCUGGCCUCGAGGGUGCUGCAAAGCUACCAGGCCAGCCUCCUCCAGGCGCAGCAGGCGGAUCUCGACCUUUCCCGGCCGCUCUUCACCACCGCCGCGCUGCUCACGGCCUGCAGGAUUUUAAAGCUAAAGGUGGAUAAAGAUAAAAUGGUAGCCACAUCCGGUGUAAAAAAGGCCAUAUUUGACCGACUAUGUAAACAGUUGGAGAAGAUCGGGCAGCAGACAGACAGAGACCCUCAGGAUGCAGGCACUCCACCGUGGAAGAAAAAGAAGGCAGCAGCUGAACCUCCAGGAGCACAGGAAAUAGAGACGGUAGCAGAGGCCCCAUGCAAGCCGCAGCCUGAAGAGGACCAGAUGCUGGAUUACGAGGAGUGGAAGCGGAGGAUUUUGGAAAACGCUGCCAGGGCGCAGGAGGCUGCGGCGGAGUGA